AAAAUCAAACCUGUUUGCUUGUCUCGUCUAUCUAAUUUUCCUAGGUAACUGCUCAAGGCGUUCAAACUAAUCAUGCACCAAAAGUGGGGAUGUCAUUUCGGACAGAGAAAGAGGCGUACGAGUUCUACAGUUCCUAUGCUAGGAAUGUUGGGUUCAGUUUCCGAAAGGGCCACUCAAAAUCGAGGGCCGAUGGGACUCUUUGCUCCAAAUAUUACGUUUGCAGCAACGAAGGGCAGCCAGUAGCGAGUGUGGCCAAGCCUGGGCGGAAACAAAGCCCUUCGACAAGGUCCGAUUGCAAGGCUCGUGUUCAGUUCAAUGUUAGUCGAGAAGGUGUAUGGACAGUGCAGAAGGCUUUGCUCGAUCACAACCACUUGCUCGCGAGCCCGGAUAUGCUGCACAUGUCCAGGUCGCAGCGCCGCGUAGCGGAGUCUGAUCGACAGAUAUUGAAUCAAAUGAGGAGAGAAGGGAUUACGGCAGCGGAUAUACAGCAGGUGUUGCAGCAGUGGUCCGGGGGAGGUGAAAAUGUGAACCUUCUCAAUAAGGGUUCUGAGAACCAGUACCUUGAACCCAACUAUGCGCAGUCACUGCUCGAGUAUCUAAAGAACAAGCAAGUAGACAACCCGUCGUUCUUUUAUGCAGUUCAGUUGAAUGACGAUGGUCGGAUAGCAAACUUCUUCUGGACAGAUGGCCAGGCUAUUGUGGACUACGCCUGUUUCGGUGAUGCCGUGUCUUUUGACACAACAUUUGAAAGAAGCAGGUUUGAAAUGCCGUUCGCUCCAUUUGUGGGUACCAACCAUCAUAAGAAAACCAUCAUUUUCGGAGCUGCAUUGUUAUACGAUGAGACUUCGGAGUCUUUCCUUUGGCUAUUUCAAACUUUCCUUACCGCAAUGUCUGGGAAGCAACCGGCAACAAUUUUGACAGAUCAAUCUGAUGAAAUAUCAAAGGCUAUUAGGGAUGUGUGUAUGAACAAAGGUCUAUUGCAUCCUUUGAUUUGAAGUGGAAGGAAAUGCUAAGUACGUAUAAUCUAG